GUCCUACUACGAACGCCUACCCCAUGGGUGUUUAGCUAGAAAGGUAUAAUUAGAAGCUUUCAUCGAUCAUCAUAUAUGGCCUUAAAUUCAAGACCGACACCAUACCCUUUCUCAUUUCUUCUUCCUCUCUCUGUCUUUGCUAAAAAAGGUCCCUGGUGAGACUUACCCUUUUUCUCUUCCUGGGUUUUAGUUCAUACUGAUACAGUCUUAAUCUGUAUCAAAGAUUUUCAUUGAUAUAUACAAGCUUCGUAUAUUUACAGAGUCUGUUUUGUCAAUUUCCUUGGUUCUUCUUAUCAUUUGAUUCAACUUGGGGGAUUCCUAGUUUUGGUAUUGAGGUUUCUUGUAUAUUCGUUAAUUUACAAGAGAUGAAGAGUGGUGGUGGUGCUACUACUCAGAAUCUGAGCACCGUAAAAUUUGUUCCGAAGCUCAUCAAAGUUCAAUUCCAUCAUCUCAUCAAUGUCCUCUCUUAUUUCCUAUUCUUUGGUGUUGGAAUAACCCUUGGGAUGAUCCUCACCUUCUAUCUCAAAGACUUUUCUUUCAGUCUCCAAUUGGCUCAAUUCUCCUUCUCAACUUCUUCCAACCAAAACAUGAUAAUGCCUAGUGUGACAGCUGCACAAACCAAUUUGAGUCACCCCCACCACAUUGGUUUACAGAAAUUUCUGAAGCCCCCUGAGAUUUUGCACGACAUGGACGACGAUGAAUUGCUAUGGAGAGCUUCAAUGGCUCCUAAGAUCUCAGAAUAUCCAUUCCGUCGAGUUCCGAAAGUUGCCUUCUUGUUCUUGACCAAGGGACCUGUUUAUUUGGCCCCAUUGUGGGAGUUGUUCUUCAAAGGGCAUCGAGGUUUCUACACGAUUUAUGUGCACUCCGAUCCGUCUUACAAUGGAUCGUACCCUGAAAGUCCGGUGUUUCAAGGCAGAAGAAUUCCUAGUCAGGAAGUGGAAUGGGGAAAUGUGAACAUGAUUGAGGCGGAGCGCCGCCUAUUGGCAAAUGCAGUACUUGACAUCUCAAACGAACGCUUUGUUCUUCUCUCGGAAUCAUGCAUCCCCCUGCACAACUUCCACACCAUCUAUAACCACCUUAUGAAUUCGAACAAAUCAUUUGUUGAGGUCUAUGACGAUCCAAGUAGUGUUGGCCGGGGGAGAUACAGUCCACACAUGUACCCGAAGGUCUCAUUGUCACAAUGGAGAAAAGGGUCUCAGUGGUUCGAGAUGAAUAGAGAACUUGCCAUUGAAGUUGUUGCAGACAAAAAGUACUUCCCACUUUUCCAGAAGCACUGCAGAGGCUCAUGCUACGCAGACGAGCAUUACUUGCCAACAUUUGUUCAUAUGAAAUUUCCGGCAAAGAAUUCAAAUAAAACCUUGACCUGGUAUGAUUUUUCGAGGGGAGGACCGCACCCUGCAAAGUUCAUAAGAACAGAUGUGACAGUUGAUCUGCUGAAGAGCUUGAGGAAUGGUACCAAAUGUUUAGAUUAUCUAAUGACCGGCAACACUUGUCAUCACCUGUUUGCUAGAAAGUUCACUCCUGGCACUUUGGAGAGACUGCUGUGGUUUGCACCAAAAUUGAUGCAGUUCAACAGAUAGAUAUCUAUACGGUGAUGAUUCAUCAGAUUCAUCAUCACUAAUUUAUUCAUUCUUGGAUUGAUUAAGUGUAGGGUACAAAAUGGAAAUUGGUCUUUCGGAUUAGUUUAGGGUUCUUUAUUUGAAGAUUACACAGAAUACAGUUCUUUAUUUUCUUUGGUCAA